AUGAGCAAUGACGACUUCUGGGCGAGCUGCCAGCAGGUGGCAGACUCUCAGCUGCCCGAGCUGACCGCCGCCGACUUUCCCAUGUGCUUCCAGGUGCCCAGCCGCGGGCGCAUGCCGCAGCGCUCGCCCACGCCGCCGACACGCUGUUACGCCUACCCGCCCACGCCGGUGGUGGCGUCGGCCGCCGCCAUGGAGCGCCAGCGCUCGGCCUCCGCGCCCCCGCCUGGCAGCGAGUUCGAUUCCCUCAGCAGCAUGGACGUGUUUUCCCUGCUGAUGGCGGAUGACGGCGGGGAGGAGGAGGCGCAGGCGCAGCGCGCGCAGCAGGCCCGCCUGGCGCAGAUGCAGCAGCAGCAGCAGCUGCACCUGGCCCAGCAGCGCGCGGAGCAGCAGCAGUGGUGCGACGCCGCCUCCAUGCUCGUGCUGCAGCACGCGCGGCGCCAGCAGCAGGAGGCAUCGGCAUGGGAGGCGCGCCGCGAGGAGGAGCAGCGCGCGGCGCUGCAGCAGCAGGAGCAGGAGCGCCAGCGCUGGGAGCUGCACCGCUGGCGCGAGCAGCAGGAGUGGCAGCGCCUGCGCCAGGCCGAGCAGCAGCAGUGGGAGGCCAAGCGGCGGAUGGAGGGCGAGGCCUGGGAGCGGCGCCGCCAGGAGCAGGCGCGGGAGUGGGAGGCUCUGCACGGGCCCCGCACCCGACCGCAGUCGCUGGACCUGCAGCGCUCCUCAGCCACCAGCUUCACCGCCGGCGGCUCCCGCUCCAGCUGA